UUUCUUCAUUUCAUUUCAGAUCAGGUUUCAAACCCUAACACACACAUACACACUUGACUUCCUCCACCAUGUCUUCCCGGCGGCUACUCGCCAUCCUCCUCCACUCCAAUCUCCACCGCACUCCGUCCAGAUCUCCGUUCACUCACGCCGCUAGAUCCGCCACACGCACGCGCUCCCACACCUCCCCUACCGGCUACUUCCUCAACCGUGCAGUCAACUACGCCACGUCAGCCGGCGCCGCUCCAUCUCAGCCACCAGCAACUCCUGCUUCAGGAUCUCAUGACGGCAAGAUCACCGAUGAGUUCACCGGCGCCGGUUCUAUCGGACAAGUGUGUCAAGUGAUCGGUGCUGUUGUUGAUGUUAGGUUUAGUGAGGGUUUGCCGCCGAUCCUUACGGCUCUUGAGAUUUUGGAUAAUCAGAUUCGGUUGGUUUUGGAAGUUGCGCAACAUUUGGGGGAGAAUAUGGUGAGGACUAUUGCUCUGGAUGCUACUGAAGGACUUGUCAGAGGUCAACGUGUUCUCAACACUGGUUCUCCUAUCACUGUGCAUGUUGGUAGAGCCACCCUUGGUCGUAUCAUUAAUGUUAUUGGAGAUCCUAUCGAGUCAGAUAUAAUACAUUUUUCAUUCAACGGUUAAACAUGACGCACAUACAGCGCAUCAACAAAGACUUGAAACUUAGCCUCUUCUUCAUGUAUCUUCCGUACACGCUCGAUCAGUUCGCUUAACUUCUCGGUAAUCAAACGACCGGACUCAAUCACAUCUUCAAGUAUAAGUGUAAGGCGCUCAAGAACGUUUAUCUCGUUAGUGGAGUUUGACAAUUCUAAACCUAUCAAUUUAGAAAUUAGCUUAUAAUGUUAAAAAACCAAAGGAUUAAAAAGUAACGUGAUUAUCUUUUUGUAGUUUAAAGGCUCGUGUACAUCAUUUUAGUAUAACGAAUUUUUAUGUAAAUAUGUAAUUCAUCAUCGCCCACAUUUCGUUUAACCUGGUUAUACCCAAUAAACAAAAGCAACAUUUCUUUGAAAAACAA